UGUGAAAGACUCGUCUUUUAGUCUUUUGCAAGCGAGGACAACACAGAUCUUAGAUCUGCAACGACUAUAUAAGGAGCUACCCGCUCUCUUAGCUUUCAUACAUACACUACCCGGUGUUGCAGAACAUUUCUUCUGUUCUUCGCGGCGCCUUUGACGAGAGCGAUUCAUUUGAGCAAAGAUGGUAAAGAUUUGCUGUAUUGGUGCGGGAUAUGUUGGGGGGCCCACGAUGGCGGUGAUAGCACUCAAGUGCCCGAACAUUCAAGUGGCUGUGGUUGAUAUCUCCGUGCCUCGGAUCAAUGCCUGGAACAGUGACCAGCUCCCGAUCUAUGAGCCGGGUCUUGAUGAUGUAGUGAAGCAGUGCCGAGGGAAAAACCUCAUCUUCAGCACUGAUGUGGAGAAACAUGUAUGCGAGGCCGAUAUAGUCUUUGUUUCUGUCAACACUCCUACGAAGACCACGGGACUCGGAGCUGGGAAAGCUGCAGAUUUGACGUAUUGGGAGAGUGCUGCUCGCAUGAUUGCUGAUGUUUCGAAAUCUGACAAAAUCGUGGUUGAGAAAUCGACUGUUCCAGUCAAAACCGCUGAGGCUAUUGAGAAAAUUCUGACCCACAACAGCAAGGGAAUUAAUUUUCAGAUCCUCUCGAACCCUGAGUUUCUUGCCGAGGGAACUGCAAUCCAAGAUCUCUUUCAACCGGAUAGAGUCCUUAUUGGAGGUCGGGAGACCCCAGAAGGCAACAAGGCAGUCAAGGCACUCAAGGAUGUGUAUGCUCACUGGGUCCCCGUAGAUCGCAUCCUCACCACCAACUUGUGGUCUGCCGAGCUCUCAAAGUUGGCUGCCAAUGCCUUCCUAGCACAAAGGAUAUCCUCGGUGAAUGCCAUGUCAGCUCUGUGCGAGGCUACUGGAGCAGAUGUUACCGAGGUGUCAUAUGCCGUUGGUAAGGACACGAGAAUCGGUCCCAAGUUCUUGAACGCUAGUGUUGGUUUCGGUGGUUCUUGCUUUCAGAAGGAUAUUCUUAACCUGGUUUACAUUUGCGAGUGCAAUGGCCUUCCCGAGGUGGCUGAGUACUGGAAGCAAGUAAUCAAGAUCAACGAUUACCAAAAGAACCGGUUCGUCAACCGUGUUGUUGCAUCCAUGUUCAACACGGUCUCGAGCAAGAAAGUUGCCAUUUUGGGGUUCGCUUUCAAAAAGGACACCGGUGAUACCCGUGAGACCCCGGCUAUCGAUGUUUGCAAGGGUCUAUUGGGGGACAAGGCCCUUUUAAGCAUAUACGACCCUCAAGUUAACGAGGACCAAAUCCAAAGGGACCUCACAAUGAAAAAAUUCGACUGGGAUCACCCCCGCCAUCUCCAACCAAUGAGCCCCACCACGGUGAAACAAGUUUCCGUCGUUUGGGAUGCAUACUCAGCGGCAAAGGACGCUCAUGCCCUCUGCAUUCUCACCGAGUGGGACGAGUUCAAGACUCUCGACUACAAAAAGAUAUACGAUAGCAUGCAGAAACCCGCUUUUGUCUUCGAUGGUAGGAACGUGAUCAAUGCAGAGAAGCUGAGAGAGAUCGGGUUCAUUGUCUACUCUAUAGGUAAGCCGCUCGAUCCCUGGCUCAAGGACAUGCCGGCUGUCGCUUGAACAUCACCCACACAUUGUUGAACCGAACAUCACAGUAACGAUUCCAUCACCCGGGAUUCUUUAGCCUUUAGCGUGUUUAUACGUUCCCAGUUUCGUAUCCCGUGGAUCAUCAUUGUUGCUACUUGGGUUAAAGCAAGUAGGUUUUUUACUUGUGUGUAUUGAUGAUACCAUUCCUUUUUAUUGUUUACUUCUCUUAUGUAAGGGACCUGAUUCGUUACUUUGAAUUUAUAUGAGGCUAUUACUUCUACA